GGCUAGUCACGCUACGCACUCUACCAACACAUCAAAUGAGCUAGUCUUGAUUCCAGUGACAGGAGUGAGAACUUGGCCUUUUGUUUGUUUUUAAUAGUUUCAGAAACAAGGGGUCUUUUUUCUUAUAGUCGUUCUGCAUCGAUAUUUAACUUGAAGACAUGAUGUUCAGUGCAAUCAGCAGAUCUCGUGCCGCUUUUGGUGCUUUUGUAGGUCAGUUGCAGAGAUCUGCUCCAAAUUCAGCAAGCUGGAGGAAGCUGUGCACUAAACCACAUGAAGAGGCCCAUGUGGCAACUCAAGCACAAAGAGCAGGGUUCAAAAUGCCCGGCUACCGCCCAUCCGAGAUGGACAAGAAGAUUCUCGUGUGGUCCGGACGCUUCAAAUCCAAGGAGCAGAUCCCAGAGUUUGUGUCAUUUGAGACGAUUGAUGCAGCCAGGAACCGACUGCGUGUUAAGGCCUGCUAUGUCAUGAUUGCCAUGACUAUUGGAGGCUGCAUGUUGAUGAUCAUGCUGGGAAAACAGGCUGCAAGUCGCCAUGACAACCUGACCAGCAGGAACAUGGAGAGAAAGGCUCGGUUGAGAGAAGAGGCGCAGAAAGAUCUAGAGAUGGCAGCAUCUCUGACUAACAGUAAAACGGAGUGAGGAGUAGUAGACGGUAGUGCAGUCACGUUCCUGCACUCCUGCACAUAAAUUAAUGCACUGUUUAACAAGUGAUCUGAUAAAAGAUUUUUGUUUUAUAUAGAGUUAUUUGGGUUAAAAAAAAUCUAUAGAUUAAAUGAGAAUCACUCUA